AUGGUGCACCACACCAAGUUCCUCGCCCAGACCGUGAUGGUCCCAGGUGGAGAUGUGGAGCUGGCCUUCACCAGAGUCCUCACUGUGGAUGGAAUUAUCGACCACGUUAAGCGCAAGCGGUAUUAUGAGAAGCCGUGCCAGAAGAGGCGGCGGGAGGCCUACGAAGCAUGCCAGAGAAUCUAUAACUCUGAAAUGGGCAGAAAGAUCAACUUCCUGAUGAGGAAAAACCACCCGGAUCCUUGGCUCGGUUGCUAA